UUUAUAUGUAUAGAUCAACAUGAAUAUUUGGUAAAGGAUUGGUAAGAUUUCAAGAUCCAACAUAUUUAAUUACAAUCCUAAUGGUAUCUUUAUAAUUUUAAUAUUUAGCUGGGAUCCACUUCUUUUGGGUUUCAAAUUUAAUUAAGAUUUUAAGAUCCUAUCAAGAUUUCAAUUCCCAUGCCCAUGACCUAUUGUUUCUUUCUCCUUUCAUAAGAAAGAGAAAUUCCAAUUGAGAGAGAGAUAUUUGUCAAACAAUUAUUAUUUGGUUUAAGGUUUAUCCCUAGACAAAAUUAUUGUAGUUUGGAUGGAUAUUCACCAUCUAUUGACUUUUCUCUUUAUAAAUUUGGCCUUUUGAUCAAACUCUGCCGCCACAGACUCAAACUUGCAUUUUAGGAUAUCCAUCAACCAGUCAACAAUUAUCCAUCAAGUUUGCUUCCACCAAUUGAUAUUGUAAUUUGAGUCCUUAUCUUUUCAUCUCCUUAGCUUUAGACUUUGCCAUUCCUCUGGUAAGCUUUCAUUUCGAUGGCAGAACUCAGUGAUCAACCUUUGUUCAGCUGUAAAAAUUGUCAAAAUCCUCUUGCACUGCGCAGUGACCUGCUUUCUAAAAAUUUUUGGGGAAAAUCUGGGCCAGCAUUUCUGUUUUCUCAUGCAAUGAACAUCAUUGUGGGGCAAAAAGAGGACAGGCAGCUAAUAACUGGUCUAUACACUAUUGCUGACAUCUAUUGCUGCAACUGUGGUGAGGUACUAGGCUGGAAAUAUUUACGAUCUUAUGAUGUCAGACACAAAAGCAAGGAAGGGAAGUUCAUAAUCGAGAGAGCAAGGAUCAGCAAGGAAUAUUAAGAAUCCACUGUUAUGAGCCAAAUAACUGUGUACUACGCUUAGCACCAAAACAAUAAAUAAUAAUUCCACAAUGAGGAAGGUCCUUGUUUCAUUUGUCCCAGAUUGAAUACAAGCACAUAGGCUUCACAUGUUCA